CCCCCCGCUUCUCCCCUUCCCCACCGUCCCUGUCCCCUUCGUGCCUAUCCAUUUUGGUCGUCUCAUCAGGAGCCAUUUUCUAUGGGUAGGUGAUCUCGACCCCCGCGCGUCCCACACAUACUCUUGACCUGCUGCUCGGCCAUGCUCCGUCUCUUGGUCACUUCCUGCGCGGCGUCGGCGGCGCGGCUGCCGGCGACCCACACCAUCGGCUCUGCCGUCCCGGCCGCCAUUCGCGCCUCCCGGCCGGCGAUGAUGCGCACCCUUCCCACUCCUGUUUUUGCCGGCCCGGCGGCCCUCUUUGCCACUCGGCAAUAUUCCACGGCCGAGCCGGCCCCGGUCGACCCUCCCAUCUUCCCGGCCGAGACCCCCAAGACCACCAAGGCUGCCAAGACUCCCAAGGCUCCCAAGGCCGCCAAGACUCCGCGCGCCCCGCGCAAGACGACCAAGAAGAGCACCAAAACCAGCACCGCCACCCUGGCGGCCACUGGCGCCGCCACCGCCGUCGCUGUCGCUGUGGCCGAAGAUGACUCUGAAUCCCGCGAGAACCUCAUGGCCCUGCUGAAGACCCUGGGUCCGGAAUUGGCGCGCGCCGAUCCGGCAACCCUGUCCCAGCAGCUGGCCCUGCUGCUUGGUUCCACGGAGAAGGCCGAAGCCGCCAUGAGCAGCCUAAACACGGCCCUCGAGGCCAAUGGGGGCCUUGCCUUUGACCCGGAGGCCGCCGCCACCGGCGUGGCUCUCCAUGCCGAGGAGACUCGCACCAAGGCCCAGGCUGGUCGGACACGCAAUGCCAGCCUGGCCAACUUGUCGGACACAUCCUCCAUCAUCCAGGCCAUCAUCUCGCGCGAGUCGACCCGAGCCUCCGGCGCAUUUGCCGGCCGGUCGAAGCGUGUCCUGCGAAGCGUCCUGCAUCUCUUCGACGUGAAUGUCGACCAGCUUGAGGCCGGGGAGAUGGCGAUGGUCAGCCAGACAGGCACCGACAGCAAUAACAUCGUCCUGAGCGACGAUUCCACGGCCUCUCGGGGACUUCAGCAUCUUCGGCAAUUCCUGGCCUAUCGGGCAUAUGUCAUGGCCAUCCACAUGGCCACCUCUCCCGGCACCGAGUAUCUGUGCUGCCCACUGCGCGCGCAGCAGGUGGUCUCCUUCAUGGGGGACAUUCGUGGAGCCACUGUGGUGGAAAUUGCCCCCGGCCCGGGCGUCCUGUCAGAGGCCCUGCUGGUCGCCGGCGCGGAAAAGGUGUAUGGUGUGGAAGAGGAACAGCUCUUUGCCGAGGACUUGCGCCUGAUGCAGGUGGCCACCGAGGGGCGCUUCGAGCCGGCCAUCAUCUCGCCGAAGAAUCUGAUGUCUGGCAGCCUUCUGGACGACGUGCUCCUGACACGCAUCCAGGCUCGGGUGGCCCCGGUCCCCUGGUCCGAGGGCCUGCAGUAUCCGCACCUGGUCACCGGGCCCGAGGCUGAGGCUGCCAGAUUGGCCGAGGCGGCCGGUGUGACUCCGGAACCCGGCACUCCGGGUGCCCCUCUCGGCAAGGCCGAGUUCACCACCAUGCAUGAGCGUGUCCCCUCGGUCACUCCUCCUGGCCGUCGCCCGGGGCUCAUCUUCACCGGGUCCAUAGGCAGUCGGCACCACGAGCAUCUGCUCUCGAACAUGAUGCAGAACAUCUUCUGGCGGUCGCUCUACUUUGAGCUCGGCCGCGUGGAGAGCUACUUCCUGCUUCCGGCGGCUGCACUCCAGCGCAUUACCUAUCAAAUUGGCCACCGGUCCCGUUCGAAAAUGUCCUGCAUGAUGGAGACCCUCUUCCAUCUCGACCAUCUGAUGAGCAUGCCCCAGGACUUCUUCCUUCCCUCGAAAGCCUCGGUUAAUAUGGAACUCAUCCGGUUGAUUCCUCGUGCUGAUGUCCCGACCGAUCUCAACAUCAUCGAGUAUGAGUUCAUCCUGCGCCAGCUCUUCGUCAAGCGCUCGUAUCCCAUUCUCCUUUCGAUUGCUACUCUUGGCCCCGGUGCUGAGGCUCUCCUUGAGCAAUGCCCGCUGAUCGAUCCGACCCUGCCACCGACGCAUAUCUCCAUUGAGGCCUUCUUCCAGCUGACGCGCGCCUUUGCCAACUGGCCUCACAAGCCUCUCCUCCAUGAGCUCACAGCCAUCGAGGCGCCUGCCAAGUGAGGGCCACGAUCGGCCGCGCUGGGCGCAAGCCUGCCACCCUUUUACCGUCUUCCGCCUGGCCUACCGUGGCUCCUGCCUUGCAUAAUUGCAGCCGUGCUCCCUCCUUUCCCUCUCCUCCUCCUCUCCCCCCCCUCCCUUUCCAUGCCACCCUCGCUGUGAGGCUUCCCUGCUGCCAUGCCUCCCACUCUCCUCCCCCCCCCCCCCC